AUGGUGAUUUUGAAGCUUACCUUUCUCCUUUUCAUAAUUCUAUGCCUCUCUAUGAUGCAAAGAACCAGUUUUGCCUCUAAAAAGUCUUUUGUUGUAUACCUUGGUGGGCAUUCACAUGGUAAACAACCAUCUUCAGUUGAUCUCCAUGGAGUAAUAGACUCUCAUUAUGACUUUCUAGGCUCUUUCUUGGGAAGUAAAGAAAAGGCGAUAGAUUCAAUAUUUUACUCGUAUAAUUGGGAUAUCAAUGGCUUUGCUGCACACCUUGAAAAUGAAGAAGCAAUGAAGAUCUCAAAACAUCCAGAUGUCAUAUCUGUUUUCCUGGACAAGGGAAAGAAAUUGCACACUACUCGUUCAUGGGGUUUUCUAGGAUUGGAGAGGAAUGACAGAAUUCCUUCAAAAUCCAUAUGGCGAAAGGCGGAAUUCGGUGAAGAUAUAAUCAUUGGAAACAUCGACACUGGUGUUUGGCCUGAAUCAGAGAGCUUUAAUGAUGAAGGAAUGGGACUUGUUCCAUCAAGAUGGAAAGGAUUUUGUCAAAACAACACCAAAGUUGGAGUUAGAUGUAACAGGAAGUUGAUUGGAGCAAAGUACUUCAACAAAGGCUACAAGGGUCCAUUAAAUGAGUCAUUUUUAACUGCGCGAGAUUACAUUGGCCAUGGGACACAUACCUUAUCAACAGCUGGGGGUCGCUUUGUUGCCGGAGCAAAUAUCCUGGGAUUUGGCAAUGGAACAGCAAAAGGAGGGUCACCGAAUGCUCGGGUUGCAGCUUACAAAGUCUGCUGGCCACAGAUGAACAGUAGAAGCUUGGAGUGUCCUGAUGCUAAUAUAAUAUCUGCCUUUGAUGCUGCAAUACAUGACGGUGUCGAUGUACUAUCUGUUUCUAUGGGUGAUGAUCCGAAUGAUUAUUUAUCAGAUAGUGUAGCAAUCGGUUCAUUUCAUGCUGUUAAAAAUGGGAUUGUAGUUGUUUGCUCCGCGGGCAAUAAAGGGCCUAUGGUAGGUUCUGUUAACAAUGUGGCACCAUGGAUCUUUACUGUUGGGGCGAGCACCAUUGAUCGUGAGUUCUUGACAUAUGUUCAACUUGGCAAUAAGAUGCACCUCAAGGGGCAGAGCCUCUCACCUGAAACCUUGCCAGUGAAGAAGUUAUAUCCACUAGUUCUCUCAGUAGAUGCUAGAGCGAGAGAUGCAACAAAACAUGCUGCGCGGCUCUGCCACAUUGGGUCCUUAGAUCCUAAGAAGGUGAAAGGAAAGAUUGUAGUGUGCCUAUGGAGCCCCAAUCAAAUAACUGAGAAGGGAAAGGUAGUGGGAGAUGCUGGGGGAGUUGGGAUGAUCCUUGUCAAUGACAUUUCUGCUGGUUAUGAGAUUAUUCCUGAUUUACAUGUUCUCCCUACAUCUCAUAUCUCUGAAGCUGAUGGCCUCAUUCUUUCAUCCUACAUCAAUUCUACUAAGAACCCUAUGGCUUACAUCUCGCCGGCAAUAACAAAGCUCGAUGCAAAACCAGCACCAUCAAUCGCCUCUUUCUCAUCUAGAGGUCCCAACAGCAUUACACCUGAGAUUCUAAAGCCUGAUAUUGUUGCACCAGGUGUAAGUAUUAUAGCUGCUUUUCCACCGGCAUCCAGGCCUUCGAGUCUUGCUUUUACUUCACGUCGAGUUCUGUUCAACUCUUUGUCUGGCACAUCUCAAUCAUGCCCAAUUAUUUCCGGCAUUGUUGGCCUUCUCAAGGCACUCCAUCCUGACUGGAGCCCAGCUGCAAUUAAAUCAGCACUAAUGACUACUGCUAGAACUCAAAACAAUAUGAAAGAGCCUCUACUAGACUCCUCACACAUCAAAGCAAACCCAUUCGGUUAUGGUGCAGGACAUGUGAGACCAAACAGAGCAAUGGACCCUGGCUUGGUCUAUGACUUGUCCAUCCAAGAUUACUUGAACUUCCUAUGCGCCGUCGGCUACAAGGAUAAUCAGAUUGCCAAAUUUGCCAAAGAAUCAUACAGAUGUCAUGUGUAUCAUCGACUAAUAGACUUUAAUUACCCUUCAAUCACAGUUCCUAGUCUGUAUGAAUCAGUCACCGUGAUCCGAACUGUUAAGAAUGUUGGGUCUCCGAGCACUUACAAUGUUCGCAUCAAGGAGCCUGUUGGAAUUUCAGUACUAGUGGAACCAAGAAGCUUGCAAUUCAAUAGGUAUGGUGAAGAAAGGACAUUCAAUGUGACUUUGAAGUUGAAGGAAGGGAACUCUAUUGAUGAUUACGUUUUUGGAGGACUUGUAUGGUAUGAUGGGGUGCACAAAGUGAGGAGCUCUAUAGUAGUCAGACUGGAUUAG